AUGAGGAAUAUUGAUCAGUCAGAAGGACUAUGUAAUGGAACAAGGUUGAUAGUAACAAAAUUGGGGACACAUGUUAUUGAAGCUUCGAUAAUAGCUGGAAAGAACUGUGGCAAUCGGGUGUACAUCCCACAAAUGGAUAUGUCACCUUCCCAAUCCCCAUGGCCGUUUAAGCUCAACAGAAGACAGUUCCCCAUUAUAGUGUCAUAUGCCAUGACAAUUAACAAAUCCCAAGGACAGUCUUUGGAUACUGUUGGUCUAUACCUACCAAGGGAUGUUUUUACACAUGGACAAAUAUAUGUUGCACUAUCAAGAGUGACAACAAAACAAGGAAUCAAGAUAUUAAUACAUGAUCAACAUGCAAAAGUUAAAACAACAACUACAAAUGUAGUUUACAAGGAGAUCUUUGACAAUAUAUAA